AUGAAAUUAGGAACAGUAAUGAAAUGUUACAAACAGAUACAAUUACCACAAAAAGCCAUCAAUUUAAUUAAAAAUUUAACAUCUAAAUGGUUAUGUCAGGAUAUGCGAGCAUUCUCUAUUGUAAAGGAUACUGGCUUAAGAAAUUUAUUACAAGAAUUUAUUAUAUUAACUGAUGAAUAUCGUACAAUAUUAAAAGGUAUAUUAAAAGAGCCAUAUGAAAAUAGAUGUAUUUGUAUUUGUCCCGAUUUGUGGCCUGAUUCAUAUAAGCAAAUAAGUUAUAUGGGAAUCUCAAUAUCAUUUGUUGAUAAAGAUUGUAAUUAUAAAUCACUUGACUUGUGUUGUCGACCUUAUAUGGAAAGUGAUCAUAGUGACGCAAAUAUUCUUGUGUCUAUUCAAAGAUGUUUAAUGCCAUUCGACUUAAUCGAUUUUGAUCAAUUACAUUUUGCGUCUGAUCGGGGUGCAAACCUUGUACGUGCCUUACGAAACUAUGAUACAUUAUUUUGUUAUCCACAUCGUCUUAAUAAUAUUCUUAAACGUGCAUUUUUUCAAUCGAAGUCAAAUAAAGAACAACAAACAAAAACAUCAUCGACACUAGCAUGUACAAGUCUUAUCAGCAACACCACAGUAACGAAUGAAAUUGAUCAAGAGAAUGAAGAUAAUGUCUAUAGUUCAUCAUCCACAGAUAAUGAAGAUGACAAAGUUGAACCAACUCUGCCAAUCAACAACAAAUUAAGCGGCUGCAAUAAAGAUAUUCAGUCUUUCGGUGGAAUUGCUUUGCAGCAAUCGACUGUGGUUCGGUGGCUUUCGUUAAUUAAUUUACUCGAAAGCAUCGUUCUAUCAUAUAAAGUAACUAAGCGAGUUUUAAUUAAUCGUAAGCAACAAAUGAAAUUGAAAGGGAUUGAUGAAAAAGUUCUGAAACAAAUAAUUCGAUUAUUAAAACCUUUCAAGCAAGUACUGAAGAUUAUACAAACAACAAAUACUCCAUCACUAUAUAUGGUAUUAAUAUGUACACACAAGCUUAGAAAAACAUUGUCAUCAUUUGACGAGUUGACGAAUUAUCAUUCACCUUUAUCAACAAACAGUUCAAGUGAUAUCGAAAACGAUAUUCAUGAAGAAAUUGACAUGACAGAAAACGAAGGAAUGAAAAUCCUUCGUAUGAGAAUAUUGGCAUUACUUAAUCUUACGUUUGAGCUCGAUAUCCGCCAUUAUUGUGCGACAUUAUUGCACGCUCGAUAUCGCCAACUUAAAAGAUGCACAAAAGAUAAACAUGAUCAAACAUAUAAAUAUAUUCGUAAACGUAUGAGUGAAAUAAUUAAAGUCAAUCAAGAAAAAGAUAUUCAACCGCCACAGAAGAAAAUCAAAAGUCAACAAUCAUUCCUACAGCAGUAUGAAGAUAAUAGCGAUCCUGAGCGAUGUUUCGAUGAAUGCGAUACUUCAGGUAGUGAAGAUUAUGCAUUUAUUACACCAAAAGCUGAUGAAUUAAGUCGUUACUUAUCAAUGGACAUUGAUAAAUCGAGUUUAACUGAUAAUCCACUGGAUUUUUGGCGCAAAAAUCAAAGUGUUUCCCGAUAUUGUCAAAAUUAG